AUGGCCGAAGAGGAGGAGGAGGAAGAUGUUGACAUCUGCGGUGGCGUCUCCCCAUUACCGAUUGUGCCGGCACCUCUGCUGCUCGUCGAAGAUGAAACUGCCAGUGGCAGCCCAAGCUCCAGCAGCAGCAGUUUAGAUACUGAUUCCAGCGACAGCGAUUCAGAUACUGAUUCCGGCAGCAGCGACUCAGGUUCAGAGCACUCGGGCGGUAGUGAUUCAGAUUCUGAUUUAGACGAGAUCGUCGACAGCCCAACUCCUCCAACAUGCGAGCAGCUCGCCCGUGCUCUAGAAAGGCAGGCCACGUCCCGGGCGAGGGAGAAGGCCCGUCAGGAAGUGCUCGAGACGAAGAGGACGGCAAUGCCCGACAAUACCCUAUACCCAGAGGACCUGAGGAGGCUCAGCAUUGAUGAGUACAACACGGCGAGGCCCAACAACCUGUUGCGAAAGAUUGGACUCUACCUCAAGGUUGACGACCACGACUGGAAGCAGCGGCAGCACCACCGUCAAAGCUUCGAAGAAGACCUAGAGGAAGGGGAGAUUCCAUCGUGA